UCCAGAAUGGAUGGCUGGUUAGUAUGGUACGAUCUCUCAACUAACCCAGUGAUCAUGUUGGACUUGGAAGUUGGAACUGCAACUCUGCAACUACUACCUCUCCCUAAUUCUACAUUUCCCAACCCCAACACAAUCACUGCGUCUAAUCCUCUUACUUCUUCCCCACGUCUUCGUAGAUUCCAUCCCUUCCCUCCCCUCUCGUUCUCUUGUACCGGCUCGCUACUUGGUUUUCAAUUCGCUGGUAAAUGAUUCUCCCGUUUUUGUAUAACUAAUGGACUGCUGACAAACUUUUAUCGGUGAGCCAGCUUCAGCAAAUAUCAACGAUGCGGACCAAUGCGUUCAAACUUGGAGGCCUUCCUCAGAUAUCAUUGUUCCAGUUUCUUCCCCAUGAAACCGAAUUGAACCCUCUACCAGAUAAAAGUGUGGAAGUAGAGCAGAAAUAUACUGCUACAAUGUUGGUGCGUUCAUCCCAUCUGCAGUUGCAAAAGGAAGGAUUUCUCAGCACAUGGGUCAAUACCCUUGUUGGGCCCUGGGAUCCAUAUCACUAUAUCAGGUUCUGCACAAUCCUGAUGAGAAAAUUAAGCUCUGGUUUUUUCUUCCUGGGCGUCAUUCAUCAGUUGUCGAGACUGCUCAAAGUGCAGUCUUCAGAUUAGAAGUUACUACAUCUGGAAUCUGGUUGGCUCUUGGGGAUUCAGAAGAGGUUGCAGCUGCACUUUCUCAGGCUUUAAGGAAUUGUAUACAAAGGUCACUGAUCAUCAACUUUUCAAAACUUCAAGGGGAAAAGUUUGUCAUGGAAGUGUAUACAAAGAUCACUAAUCAUCAAUUUUUCGAAACUUCAAGCGGAAAAUUCUAUCAUGUUCAUAACAUGAUAUUUACUUUAUUGGAACUGGCAGAAAAGUUUUUGGACUUUCCUACAUGAGAUUUGGAGAUGUGUUUUCAAAGUAUUGUCCAUCUCAAAGCGACAAAAUUUUCAGCUCUCUCUACUGUUCAAGUAGUGCAUGAAACAAGCAAGAGAGAUAAGUUCUUGAUGAAGCUCCGUUUCAACUUUGAAAUUGGACGUUCUAAUAUGGUGAAUCGUCAUCCUUUAUCAUCUCUGGAUGCUUGCUUGAGUGAACUUCUUCGUGAGGAGCAGCGUAUAGUAACUCAGGCUGCCAUGGAACAUUGAGCUAAUGUUAGUGCACCUGUUACUGUGGCUUAUGCAGCACAAGGGAGGAAUAACGGUAGAGACAUACGUGCUGUCUAGUGCUUUAGUUGUAAAACUUUUGGUCAUAUUGCUUCGGUUUGCCCCAAGAAGUUCUGUAACUACUGCAAGAAACAGGGCCAUAUCAUCUCUGUUUGUCCCAUUCGCCUUGAAUGGAAGCAGGGUAAUACUUAUAGUGCCUCCGUUGGUGCCUCUAGCUUUGAUGCAUUGCCUGCUGCAUAGUCGGUUGUUCCUAUUCGUGCUCCUACAGCCUUAGCAAACCCGAACACACUUAUUCCUGAAAUGGAUCAAGUAUUAAUGAAGAUGAUUGCGAAGGGGCCUAAAGUGGGACGACUUUUUUCUCCCCACGUUUCUCCUUCCACCCUUAUCCCUAGUUUUCCUUUACUUUCCUUUGCAUGUAAUGUUGUUGGUUCUGGAAAUAAGAUAUGGCAUAACCGUUUAGGCCACCAGAACUCUGAUGUACUUUGUUUAAUUUUAGUUUAUUGGGAAAUAAGGCAUGUUCUUCUCUUAAUCUUUUUUUUUUAUUGUACAUCAUGCAAACUUGGUAAAAAUAAAGUUAUACAUUUUUCUCAUCAUGCAUCUCGUGCCUCACAAUGUUUCGAUAUUAUUCAUAGUGAUGUUUGAGGGAUUGCAUCUGUUUCAUGCACAUUAUAAGUACUUUGUUACUUUCAUUGAUGACUUUAGUCGCUUUACUUGGGUUUACUUCCUACGGGCUAAGGCCCAAGUGUUUUCAGUAUUUAAGCGCUUUCUUGCACUUCUUGAGACUCAAUUCUCUGCCAGCAUCGAGGUCUUGCGCUCUGAUUCUGGUGGAGAAUACAUGUCUAAUGAGUUUCAAGACUUUCUUCAAAGCAAAUGGAUCAUCUCUCAGCGUUCUUGUCCUUCGACACCGCAACAAAAUGGUGUUGCUGAGAGGAAAAAUCGUCACAUUCUUGAUGUGGAGAGGGCAACCUACUGUUGAAUUUGUCUUUGCUGCUACCGAAGAGGCAGUCUUUGUACAUAUCAUAAUUUCGGCAAAGCAUAUCCGGACAAUUUGAGUUGGAAAUAUUGAAGGAGCACUUAAGCGUUCUUCCAAUAAUUCUGGUUACAGAUUUCCAGUGGUAGCAGUUUGGAAUUGAUGGAAGGCUCAUGGACUGAAAUCAAUGGAAUACUUGCCAAGCAUGGUUAUAAUAGUAGUAGCAAUGGUAACGAUAGCAGUAUCAGCAGAAGCUCUAGUGAUAGUGAUCACAUGAUGAACACAGCAGCCGGUGAACUUGAGGGAGAUGAUGACAAUUUAACAUGUAGACAGUCUGGUUUAUCUUCUAAUGAUCAUUCGGAGAAUGGUCCCAAACUGGGUUCUAAGCGUCCUCGAACUGGGAUGACAGAUUCAUUUGGUCAAGUGGGUACAGAGACAAAUGAUCUUCUGCAAGAAGCGUACAAGUCUGAUUUUGUUUCCAUGGAAGUUGACAAUUCAGCCAUAACAGGAGUUGCAAAUGAUCAGAUUGGAUCCCAUUGGGAUUAUGACGAUGACGACAUAGGUAUGGUCAUGGAUAUCCAAACUCUUCUCUCUGAGUUCGGAGAUUUUGGGGACUUCUUCGAAAAUGAUGCUUUGCCUUUUGGAGAGCCCCCAGGAACUGCGGAAUCACAGACACUAAUAUUUUCUGCACCAGAUUAUGGAGAUGUAGGUACAAGUCCUGUUGGGAUGAUGGAUGUUUCUGAUCAGAUGCUACUGCCUGGAGGUUUUCCAUCCUUUGAGAGUUUUGAUCCACCUGUUCCAGUAGCCCAGGAGGAAUAUCUCGGCAAUACUCAAGAAGUCACAAAAAACAGCAUGUUAUCAGGUCUGGGGAGCCACACUCCAGCAUCUUCUACAGGUGAGUUUAAUCAUAUAAUAAAAGCUGAAGCACUGAUGAGGUUUGCUUCUGAAUAUGGAGCUGUGGAGACCCCUACAAGUGAGUUUUCCUCGUCAAUUUGUAGAAGCCCAUAUUUUCUGAAAUCUAUAAAAGAGGAGAAUUCCAAUUCAAGCUCAAGCAAGUACAUAUAUGGUGCAACACCACCCUUUUCUCCUUACUUUAAUGGAUCAGAUGAGAAGACUAGCAUGCCCAUGAACUCAAUACCCUUUCUCAGAAGGAAUGAUGCGGAUGCUGUUAUCCACUCAAAAAAUAAUUACACUCAUGUCGAGAGUGCAAAAGAGCCAUAUGAAAAAAGAUUACUUGCAGUUAAUAGUUUCCCUAUGUCUGAAGGGGUGACGCCAUCUCCCUUUCCUAAUCUAAACUCGGCAAAUGCGGUUAAAUCUUCCCUGAGGAAAGUGGCCGAAGGCACCCUUGAACUGGCACCUUUUCUUCAGUCUAUGAAGACUUUGCUUGCUACUGACGUUGAAUGCCUUAUGUUCCAGGCCUCCAUGUGCAGGAUAAGGCACACGCUAUUAUCUUCCAGUAGGCCUAUGCCUAUUGGUUUGAGUAGGCUAACUAGAAGUACUGGUUUUAAUCAGCUGCCUGGUGACCAAAGUACUAUGACAGACAAUACAUCUGGCAAGUAUGAGGCAAAAAAGAAAGAAUCUAUGCCACUUAGAAUAGCUAGUGAUAUUGAUGUAGCUCUUGAUGGGUGCCUCAAUGCACCUAUUGGUGUUUUGCGCUCUGUUGGAGUUCCUAAAGUCCCGAAGUCCUCAAAUUCUCCAAGUAUGGAAGUUAGCCCAUCCUUGCCUCGUAAUUCUUUCAAUAAGGAAGGUGUCCUUUCUUUUGGGCUAAUGCAACCACUUCAGGAGCUACUUGAUGGAAUGGCAUUACUUGUCCAACAAGCUACUUCCUUUGUUGAUCUGACCUUAGAUGGGGAUUGUGGCGAUGGUCCUUAUGGUUGGCUUGCUUUACAAGAGCAGUGGAAGCAAGGAUUUUCUUGUGGACCUUCUAUGGUUCAUGCUGGUUGUGGGGGGACUCUGGCUUCUUGUCAUGCCCUUGACAUUGCUGGUGUGGAGUUAGGGGAUCCACUUUCUGCUGAUUCUGACAUUAAGAGAGUCUUAAAAUCUGCAUUUGGUAUUUUGGAUGGGCCAUUGUCCGUCACUGAUUGGUGCAAAGGCCACAAUCAUUCUGUUGAUGCUGGAAGUGCCAGUGAUGGAUUCUCUGCCAAUUCUUCCAUAAAUGAAUGCACAGAUUCGUCGAGUACUGUGAUGCUAUCUGCAGCAGAACCAAUGAAUCCGUCCCACUAUUGUGCUGGUCGAUCAUCUUGCCUAAAAGUGAUAAACAUUUUGACCAUAGAUGCAGUCUCUAGCGCAACAGGUGGAGCUACAGUGGAUGGCACAUGCCAGAGUAUCUCUAACCAAGAAAUCCGUACUUCAGAGCCAUGCGCCUGGUUAAGACCAACACUUUUUGCUCUUCCGUUGCCUGCUAUACUUGUUGGUUACCAGGAUGAUUGGCUUAAGACGUCUGCAAGCACCCUGAAACUCUGGGAGAAGGCUCCUCUUGAACCAUAUUCUUUACAGAAACCUGUUACCUAUAAUGUUAUAUGUCCAGACAUUGAUCCAUUAACUUCUGCUGCUGCUGAUUUUUUCCAACAACUAGGAACUGUCUAUGAGACAUGUAAACUGGGUAGUCAUUCACCACAAAGUUUGGGGGACCAAAUGGAAAUAGAUUCUGCAAAAUGGUCAUCUUCUGGUUUUGUUCUACUUGAUUGUCCUCAAUCAAUGAGGAUAGAAAGCAGUAACGCAUCUCUUAUGGGCUCAAUAAGCAAUUAUUUUUUCUCUCUUUCCAAUGAUUGGGACUUGACGAGCUACCUUAAGUCCCUUUCAAAGGCACUGAAAGGCUUGAAACUUAGUCCAUACUCGUCCACAAACCCAAGAGAUGGAAGCUGUGGUCCUUGUAUGGUAAUAUAUGUGGUGUGCCCCUUCCCUGACCCAACUGCAGUUCUACAAACCGUCGUUGAGUCUUCUGUUGCUGUUGGAUCGGUGAUUCUCCAAUCAGAUAGGGAGAGAUCUAUAUUGCACAGUCAGGUUGGAAAGGCUUUAAGCUGCUCAGAAGCCGUGGAUGAAGCAACUAUAUCAAACGUUUUAGUACUUUCAGGCUUUAGUAUUCCUAAAUUGGUACUGCAGAUUGUGACAGUUGAUGCCAUUUUUAGAGUUACAAGUCCAUCAUAUGAUGAGCUUGUCAUUCUUAAGGAGACUGCCUUCACUGUUUAUAACAAGGCUCGUCGAAUUUUGCGAGGAUCCUCUAAUGAUAUGGUCCAGUUGUCAUCAUUAUCUAGUAGGUCUCCUUCGGUCCUGACACAAAUGUCUUCUCCUAUUUCAGGGAUGUUGAAGGACUGUGUAGGUCCUCGAAUUUCUGUGCAUUCCCUUUCCAGAGAGGGUGACAUUGAAGCUAACCUGAGGACUAGUGCUUGGGAUAAUUCUUGGCAGACAACAAGGACUGAAGGAUUAAGUUGUGAGUCAGUUAGAACAGGGUAUUUUCAAGGUGAAAUUCACUACAUGUUUGAACCUCUUUUUAUUCUCGCUGAACCUGGUUCUAUAGAACAUGGGAUUUCACCUGCAAUUUCUGGUAAUAUGGUGUCAGAACCUGCAAAGCCAUUGUCUGAUGAUAGCAGUGGAGGCUUUAUGCAGGGUUUAAGUUCAGCAGGAAGUGCAGACGCUGGAUCAUGCUCCCAACUUGAUGGAUCUGAAAGUUAUGGCUCUGGGUUUAGCCAACAAAAGACCCCUCCAAGUCUACAUUGUUGUUAUGGGUGGACAGAGGAUUGGCGUUGGCUAGUAUGCAUCUGGACUGAUUCAAGGGGAGAAUUGCUUGACAGCCAUGUAUUCCCCUUUGGUGGAAUCAGCAGUAGGCAGGACACUAAGGGUUUGCAAUGCCUUUUCGUUCAAGUUCUGCAGCAAGGCUGUCAGAUACUUCAGGCAUGCUCUUCUCCUGAUAUUGGUGUUGCCAAGCCUAGAGAUUUUGUGAUUGUGCGCAUUGGGAGUUUCUUUGAACUCGAAUACCUAGAGUGGCAAAAAGCCAUUAAUUCAAUUGGAGGUUCUGAGGUGAAAAAAUGGCCCCUGCAACUUCGACGAUCUGUGCACGAUGGAAUUCCUGCAAGCAGUAAUAGUACUUCCUUAGAGCAACAGGAGUUGAGUUUGAUUCAAGAGACCCUACAUUAUGCUAAAGCUUCUGGCUUUAUAAAAGGUGAUUUAGGAAAACCUGCUGCAAGAAAGAAGCUUAUGGGUGGGCAGACACUAGUUGACUGCUCAAGGGGCUUGCUUCAGUGGGUGCAGAGCAUUAGUUUUGUUGCCAUUUCAGUCGACGACCAUUCUUUAAAUCUAGUUUCUCAAGCAGAUUCAUCAUCUCCUGGAGGUACUCAAGGUGGCGGUGGUAUGGGGCCGUCAGGCUAUCGUGAAGUGUUCAAGCCUGUAUGGUCCCUUGGUUCUACAUUUGCUUCAUACAUUCUGAUCCCAUCACCCAGCAUGCACUUUCUCCCUGCAACACCUUUACAGCUCCCAGCGUGUCUCACUACAGAAUCACCUCCCCUGGCCCAUCUCCUGCACAGCAAGGGCCCUGCAAUUCCACUUUCCACUGGUUUUGUAGUUUCAAAUGCAGUGCCUUCCAUGAGGAAAGGCUAUAGAAGCAACUUGAAAGAAGAAUGGCCUUCAGUUCUUUGUAUCAGCCUUAUUGAUUAUUACGGAGGCACUAACAUUAUCCAAGACAUGUUUGUUGGAGGUGUUAAUAAACAGGACGGUAGGAGUUUAAGCGCUGAGGCUAAAGAUUUCGAAAUUGAGACCCAUUUAGUUCUCGAGUCUGUUGCUGCAGAGCUUCAUGCACUAUCUUGGAUGACUGUUAGUCCAGCAUACUUAGAGCGACGGACUGCACUGCCAAUCCAUUGUGACAUGGUUUUAAGACUGAGAAGGCUACUUCAGUUUGCUGAUAAAGAGCUCUCUCAGCAGCCAAAUAAGUUGCAUCUGUAAGUUAAAACAUUAUCACAGUAAGAACAGACUUUUUAGGCUUAUUUUUAGUGGAGACUUUUAUAGAGAGAUGAAUUCAAAACGAGCGUUUAAUCGGCUGGGCUAUAGUGCGUCUGGUGUUUUAUUCCAAUGCACAAGAUUAUAGCAUGUAAUCUGUGUAUGUUAUUUUUGCCCACUGAUCCCGGCGUCACAAAAAUUCUAAGGUGAUUAGAAACAUUUCAGUUUGUGGCUAUUUUUAAGCUGAAAAGUUUGAAGAUAGGUAACGCUAGAGUCCAAUUUUAAGACGCUCUUCUAACUCUUCAUGAAUGGUUUGUGCGGCUCCAAUGAAUUGAAGUUGUUGAAUUGUCGGUGCCUUCUAUUACGGGCCAUUGGUUCUAAUUUCCUUUUCAUCAUGCUUAAUCUAAUAUUAACCGCAUGAGUUUCCACUUCGGCAUCAGGAGAAAAUGAUCGAAUGUACUUCCCUCGAGCACGAGGACAUUUUGUUUAAGUUUAAAUGGGAAGGAAUUGUAGGACAAUCUACAUGGUAUGCACGUAUUUAGCGUUCCUUUCUUGGAGCUCUUGAAAUGAUCUAGACUACCUCUGAGCACCGCUCCAGCAAGAGUUCCAAACACUGGAAGACCGCCGGUGAAGUUCGGCGUGGAGAUAAAGAACAACAACGUUGCACGCGCGAUAUGGUUGAACGGGCUGCAUCUGCCAAUAAUGCAAUUUAUUAUUCACAAAACCAAGAUGAAAAUGGAAUACAUGUCAAAAGUGAUGAGAUCACUCUUAAGCUCUAAGAAAAGAUACGAAUCUCUUCUAUGAAAGAAAGAAAGAAAGAACGAUAAAUUAUUCAAAUGAACGAAGUAACAUGGUUGGCACUAAUUGCAGGGCCCCAUUCCUUUGAAAGCCUUUAGCGUGGAGACAAGCCAACCGCAAUCAAACCACCCUUGCUGGUGAUUAUGUAUGUUCUGUCUAUGAGAAUAAGACCCCCAUGUGCAAAGCAUAUGAUAUGAAUCAUGAUCUGCCUUGUUCAUUUUUUUGUUUUUUGUUUUUCUAAAGAUCUUUCUUAUAUCCUCCCUCCUCCUAGUUUACAUAUUUUUAGACCACAACAAAGCGAAUUAGAAGGGGAGGGAAGUAUCUCUUCUUUGUUCUAUGCAUGCGGACACUGGGAAAGCAAAUAAAAAGAAGAAGAAAACAAAUUUAAGCCCAAAAGUCCUGAAAUUAAGGCAAAUUAGUGAAACUUUUGACUUUUGAGAUGUUAAACAAAAGAGGGUUUAAGUUGUCUCCAUAUGGUCCCCAACUUUAUUGGACCCCAGAAAGCAUGUGCUGUGUCUGGUUCACAUCAUUACACCAUUACUUGCCUUGAAAUUUUAUGAGACAUUUCUCUAACAAGCUACAUCUAUUGUGUUCAUGUC